ACGUGGAGUGGCAUACGAGCGGUAUAGCGAACGACGAGGAUGGGCGUGCUUCUGAAGACGGCAGCAGUCGGCGUCGGCGUCGUCGGCUUGGCGCUGAUCGCGUACGACCGAGCGGGUAGCGGGCAGUUGGCGCAGGCCGCGGCCGCCGGCGAUCUAACGCGAGUCAAGGCCCUCUUGGCGGCCGGCGCGGACCCGAAUGGCACCCAAUACGGCUUCUCGGCCCUCUUCCACGCUGUCAACAACGGCAACGUCAAGAUGGUCAAGAUGCUCGUAGGCCUCGGCGCCGACGUCAACAAAGCGUCCUGGGAUAUCGCGCCGCUCUACCUCGCAGCCAAGAAGCGCUACAAAGAGACCAUGCGGGCGCUGCUCGAGGCCGGCGCCGAUCCGAACGCGACCCACAAGGGCCAAAUGACAGCACUGCUGAUGGCCGCGUGCCACGGCGACUUGGAGCUUGUCGACGCGCUCUUGGCGGCCAAGGCGGAUGUCAAUCAAUGCAGCGAGCGAGGUGUUUCGCCUCUAUACGCUGCGUCCGUCUUUGGCUACGUGGAGAUUGCGCGCCUUCUUGUCGCCGCUGGCGCCAACGUCAAUGUGGCCGAGCACCAGUUUGGCCUCUCGCCGCUGCUGAUUGCGGCGCACGCCGGGCACAAGACGCUGGUCAAGCUGCUCCUGGCUGCCGGCGCCGACAUCAACUACUGCAGCAAGCGCCCGGAUGCGUACAAGCGUGGUGCGUGGAGCCUCCACGGCGACGACGUUGCGGGCUUUAGCCCGCUCUGCCUCGCGGUCGCCAACAACCACGUCGAUGUUGUCCUCGCCCUCAUCAUUGCCAAGGCGGAUGUCAACAAGGGGUCGCCUGCACCACUCUUGCGCGCGAUCCAGCUCGGCAGCUUGAACAUGACCAAGAUCCUCCUGCGUGCCAACGCCAAGACGGACACGGCCUUUCAUGGCGAGUCGCUUGUCUCGCUCGCAGCCAAGCUAGGCCACGAAGACAUUGUCCGCGCCCUCGUCGAAGCCGCCAAGCAAGCCAAGCCUAGCUUUUUGACGCGCGUCUUGUCCCGGGAGCCGUCGCUGGACCUUUCGUCACCGAGCCAUGCUGCAUAACUUGUCGCUCCAUUCUGCUCGUUUUUGUUAACCGACAACAUUGUUUCAUUCUGCACCACGGU